AUGAUGCCUCUUACUGGUGAUGCCAACAGAACGUUUGGGAAUAUACCAAGUCAAUGGUCCGAUGCUGGAUAUCACGAAUACGAUGGCAGAAGACGCAUGACUAAGUACGUUCAACAAGGUCUCUUUAAUGUUCCGAACAAGGUGCGAAAACAAGGACGACAAUACGACGGUUUUGAUUAUGGACAUUUGAUCACACUUCAACUUCCCUCCGUGAUGAAGCGUCAGGCUCUUCAGAUCCUAGCAAAUCAACUCCGUAGUGACAUAACGAGACUUCAACUUGAUUUCAUUUCGGACUGUGGAUGGAUUUGCAAUGUCGUUACGGACUUACGCAAUCGUGCGUCAGACCACGAGUACUACAAGAUUCCUAAUUUAGUCAAUCCCCACUCCACCGGCCACAGUGCAACAAAAAUGUGA